AUGGAAGAAGAAACACUGACAAGUCAUGAAGUACCAAUGGUUAAGAUCGCCGAGCACGACGAGACUAAUGCUGUUACUUCUAAGGUUAAAGUAGAGGACAAUGAAACUGCCCUUGAUGGUGAAUUCAUUAAAGUAGAGAAGGAGUCUAUUGAUACAAAGGAUCGUUCCAUCACUGCUGAAUCAAAUUCCACGGCAGAUGAAAAUCCAGCUGUCGUCGAGCGAAGUUCCAGCAAUUCAGCAAGUAGGGAGUUUUUAGAAGCACAAGAAAAGGUUAAAGAACUUGAGCUUGAAUUGGAAAAAGUUUCUGGAGUGUUAAAGGAGACCGAAUCCCAGAAUGUUCAUCUGAAGGAUGAAAUCUUGCAUACAAAGGAGAAACAGCAGGAAACUGAAAAGAAAUAUGAAGAACUUGAACUUAGUCAGAAAAAACUGCAAGAGCAGAUUGCAAAAACAGAGGAGAGAUAUGGUGUACAGCUUAAAACUUUGGAAGAGGCAUUACAAUCUCAAGAAGAAAAGAACAAAGAGUUGACAAAUGUAAAGGAAGCAUUUAAUGGUCUUAGUCUCGAGCUCGAGAGCUCAAGAAAGAAGAUGGAAGAGCUUGAACUAAAGCUGCAAACUUCCGCUGGUGAAUCCAGGAAGUUUGAGGAGUUGCAUAAGGAAAGUGGUUUGCAUGCUGAAUCAGAGACAAAGAGGGCUUUAGAACUCAAGAGGUUGCUUGAGUUGGCCGAAUCUAGUGCUAAAGAAAUGGAAGAUCAAAUGGCUUCUGUGCAAGUUGAACUGAAAAGCUUGUAUGACAAGAUAGCUGAAAAUCAGAAAGUAGAAGAGGCACUGAAGAGCACCACUGCCGAAUUAUCUACUGUUCAAGGGGAGUUGGAGCUUUCGAAAUCGCAAGUGCAAGAAGUGGAGCAGAGGCUAACAUCAAAGGAAGCUCUUAUCAAUGAAUUGACUAAAGAAUUGGAAUUGAAGAAGGCUUCUGAAUCUAAGGCCAAGGAGGACAUUGCAGCACUUGAGAAUCAGUUUUCAUCAACAGAAGAAAACCUUCAAGAGAAGAUAUCUGAUCUAGAAGAUUUAAAAUUGAAGCUGGGAAACGAGGUGAGUACCAGAGAAGAGCUCGGACAACAAUUGAAAAGCCAGGAAACAAGGAUUACAUCUGUUCAAGAUGAACUAGCCAAAGUCCUUAAAGAAAAAGAAGCACUUGAAGCUGCUGUGACUGACCUAACCAAUGAUGCUACCCAGAUCAAGGAGUUAUGCAAUGAUCUUGAGGCUAAGUUGCAACAGUCAGAUGAGAAUUUCUGCAAAGCUGAUUAUCUUUUAUCCCAAGCAUUGGCAAACAAUACUGAACUUGAACAGAAGUUGAAAACCCUUGAAGACCUUCACAGCGAGUCUGGAAAUGCAGUCACCACAGCUAACCAGAAAAAUGUAGAGCUUGAAGACAUGGUACGAGCCUUGAGGGAAGCUGCAGAAGAAGCAAAAUCACAACUCAGAGAAUCUGAGACACGUUGUAUAGCAGCAGAGAAAAGGAGUGUUGAGCUUGAACAACUGCUUAAUCUGGUAGAACUCAAAAGCAAUGAUUCUGAAAGAGAUUUGAGAGAACUUUCUGAGAAAUUGGCUGAACUGAAUGCCAUACUGAAGAACGAGGUGGAAGAGAAGGAACAAUUGAACAUCCAAUUGCAAGAAAAUGAGGACAAAAUAACUCAAAUUAAAUCCGAUUUGGGAAUAUCAACUGCACGGAAUUCGGACCUUGAGCUAGAACUCAAGAAUGCCAUGGAAAAAUGUGCCGAGCACGAGGGACGAGCAAAUACAACCCAUCAGAGAAGCAUCGAACUUGAGGAUCUAAUGCAGACAUCACAUGUCAAGACAGUGGAGGCCGAUAAAAAAGUGAGCGAGUUAGAGCUACUUCUUGAAACAGAGAAAUAUAGGAUCAAGGAACUUGAAGAGCAAAUAAGCACGCUAGAGAAGAAAUGUGGGGAUGUGGAAGAAGAAUCCUUGAAAAGCACUGAGAAGAUUUCUGAACUUGAAGGACAACUUGAGGCUGUUCAAUUGAAAACGUCAAGCCUAGAGGUUGCACUACAAGCUGCCACUGGAAAGGAAAAAGAACUGACCGAGCACUUGCAUAUGAUUGCGGAGGAGAAUAGAAAUUUAAAAGACGCAUCAAAAACCUCAAAUGAGAAGCUAUCUGAAGCUGAAAAUCUUGUUGACAUUUUGAGGAAUGAAUUGAGUAUUUCUCAACAGAAAUUGGAGAGCAUCGAAAAUGAUCUCGAGGCUGCUGGAAUGAGAGAAAAUGAAGUUAUAGAGAAGCUCAAGUCAGCUGAGGAGCAGUUAGAGGAACAAGGAAGCGUGUUGGAGAAAGCUACCGUGAGAAGCACAGAGCUUGAAUCAUUACAUGAAACUUUAACAAGGGACUCAGAGCAGAAACUCCAAGAAGCAUUAGCUAAUUUCACCAGCAGAGAUUUGGAGGCAAAAUCUUUGAACAAGACAUUAACAAGUCUUGAAGAUCAAGUUAAAAGUUAUCAAGGGCAGCUAGCUGAAGCAAAUGGAAGAUAUGCAACCGUGAAAGAGGAGCUUGAUCAGAUUGUAGUGAAGUUAGCUUCUUCUGAGAAUGCAAAUGAAGACUUGAAACAAAAGAUUUUGGAUGCAGAAGGUAAAGCUGAACAGUAUGUCGCAGAGAAUAAAUUGUUAGCUGACACCAACUUGCAGCUCAGUAAACAGGCUAAAGAACUUGAGGAAAAGUUAAAUUUGGCUCUUUCUGAGAAGGAAGUCUCUGAUAAGCAGCUUGCUUCUCAUAUGAGCACUAUCACUGAAUUAACAGAGAGGCACUCAAGAGCAUCUGAACUUCAAUUGGCAGCUGAAGCCCGCAUUUCAGGAGCCGAAGCACAGUUGGAGGAAGCUGUCCUGAAAGUCAAUCAAAGAGAUUCAGAAGCAAAGGACUUCUAUGAGAAGCUAAAAGCUCUAGAAGAACAAGUGAAAACGUAUGAAGAAAAGGCUCAGGUAACAUCUUCGCUUUUGCAAACUAGAGAAGGAGAACUGGAACAAACUCUGUUGAAAUUGAAGGAUCUGGAAAGAGAAGUUGAGGAAAAAUCAAAGCUUUCUCAAGAACUGGCUUCAUAUCAGUCCAAGUUAAAUGAUUUGGAAACCAAAUUGUCAACUGUUUCUUCUGAGAAAAAUGAUACAGUUGAAGAGCUUCAGUCUGCAAAAAAAGAUAUAGAAGAUUUGACACACAAGCUUGCUUCGGAAGGCCAGAGGCUACAAUCUCAGAUAUCUUCUGUCAUGGAAGAAAACAAUUUGCUUAAUGAAACAAAUCAAAAUUCCAAGAAGGAGCUUCAGACAAUGAUAGUACAUCUUGAAGAGCAAUUGAAAGAUCAAGAAUCUAAGUUGGAAAUUCUCAACACUGAAGUUGGUCAGAAGGCCGAGUUACAAAGUCGUCUAAAGGAGCUUGAAGAACAUUUAGCAAUUGCUAAGGCUAGAGUUAAAGCAGAGAACGAGUCAAGCUCUCAAAAGAAGUUGGAACAAGAAGCUUCUUUGAAGCAAUCAUUUGAAGAACUUGACGCCAAGAACAAACAAGUCCUACUUUUGGAAAAUCAAGUUAAAGAGCUCGAGCAGAAGUUACAGCUAGCAGAUUCUAAAUUGAAAGAGAAGGAUGUUACCUCAACAAGGGAGGAAAUAGAGGUGAAAAGUCGAGAAAUCGAACCUUCAACUUCUACCCCAACAAAAAGGAAGAGUAAGAAAAAAUCAGAGCCAUCUUCUGCUCAAACAACGUCCUCAGAUACACAUGUCAAGACUGCUGAGGUAUCCCCAGCCACGACUUUUAAAGUCGUUCUGGGAGUGGCGCUAAUUUCAGUGAUUGUUGGCAUUAUUCUUGGAAAAAGAUACUAA